AUGGCCAACCGGCUCUCGGAGGGAGACCUGAGAGAACUCAAGGAUGCCUUUGCGCUCUUCGACCAAGAUGGCGACGGGCUGAUCACCUCCAAGGAGGUGGUGACCGUGAUGAGAUCUCUUGGGAAAAACCCCACGGAAUCUGAGGUGCGGAGCAUCGUCGGUGAGAUCGAGGCCUACAAGGGCAAAGUAGAUUUCCCAAGGUUCCUCUCCAUGAUGGCCAGGAGGACAAGGCAUUCCGACACCAAGGAAGAGAUCCAAGCUGCCUUCCGCGUCUUUGACCGGAAUGGAGACGGCUACGUCAACACGGCAGAGCUGCGACACGUCUUGACCGCCGUUGGGGAGAAGCUGACGGACGAAGAGGUGAAGCUGUUGAUCAAGGAGAUGGACAGGAAAGGGGACGGGAAGGUCAACUAUGAAGAAUUUGCGCGAAUAAUGAUCUUCAAGGAGUCCUUCAGCCACUUUGACUUGAACGGCGACGGAGUCAUCACCAAGAAGGAGCUGGGCACCGUCAUGCGGUCCCUCCAGGACAUUCUUCAGGAGACCUUCACCGACCAGGAGGUGGAGGACAUGCUGAAGGAGGCUGACCUGGAUGAAGACGGGAAGGUCACCUUUGAGGAGUUUGUGAAGAUGCUGGCCAAGAAGGGGGCCUAUGUCGCCGAGAACUGGAUUGAGAGCAAGCCAUGGCUUGUCGCUUCAAGGGAUUUUCCACCACCAAAGAUCAGCUCUGCCUCCACCUGCGCUUUUGUCCCCAAACCCAGAGAUUCUUCCUCGGGUUCAAAAACUGGAUUUGCAAGCCGAGAACAGGAGAAAAACCUUUAUACGCGACUCUUGACCAUUGAGAAGCUUGUCACUGGAAACCAAAGAAGCAUUUCUUCACCGCCAAGACGAGCAACCAGCCGCAGAAGGUGGAUCGGCGAGUUGGUCGGGGCAGAAGAAGGUACCAUGACCUCUCUGACGGAACAAGAAAUCGCGGAGUUCAAAGAAGCCUUCAUGCUCUUUGACCGGGAUGGAAAUGGGACCAUCACGACCAGGGAACUUGGGACCGUCUUGAGGUCCUUGGGGCAAAACCCCACUGAAGCCGAACUGCGGGAAAUCGUCCACAAGUUGGAAAUGCACAAAAACGGCACCAUCGAUUUUCCUGGGUUCUUGAACCUGAUGGAGAAGGAGGUCAAGAGUCGAGAUUGCCAGGAGAUCCGGAAAGCCUUCCAGGUGUUUGACAAAGAUGGCAACGGUUACAUCAGCGCCGCGGAGCUGAGGCACAUCAUGACCAACUUGGGGGAGAAGUUGUCCAGAGAAGAAGUCGAGGAGAUGUUGAAGGUGGCUGACCUGGAUGGAGACGGGCAGAUGAAUUAUGAGGAGUUCCUGAGGAUGAUGACCAGCAAGUGAAGAAGGUCUACCAGGCUUGUAGAGAUCUUAGCCUACGAGAUUGAAGGGAUUUGUGACCUUUUGGGCCACGUACCUUCUCCAUAAUGUGGCCUGCUGAGGAGGACAGCGAAGGCAACCGGUUGCGGUGGGACGUGAAUCGGUGGAGGAAACCUCCGUCAGAUACUUGGGGAUGCUAAUUGGACUUCAGCAGUGGUGAUUUGUGGAUUUUUUUUUCCUCUGGGCUUUCCAAGAAGUGUGCAGCAUCUUUUGGGAAUCAAAAGAUAAUUCUUGACUUUUAACGUCUCAAAAUGAUCUCACGAGGCCAAGGUU